UUUCAUUAGUCUAUAUAACUUGUAUGUUCUUUCAGCCCUUUAACCUUAAGAUGAGUCUUUCUGUGACAACUCCACAUCAGUUUACAAACAUACUGCAACAUGACUAGUGCUUACAAAAUGAACUCAGGAACGCUGCUGAGAUCAAGACUGCUUUCCUUGCUUAAAAAUGGACAAUGGGAAAGAGAUGAUGUCGUUAAAUUGUUCAUAGUCCUUAUGAAUCAGUGUAAUGACAGAGAGGAGGAUUUCAACACAUGGAUAAUGAAAAUCCUUUAUAAAGUGGAGAUUCACAAAAUCAAAGCAUCAGAUUUGACUGAUCCCAAAAGUGAUCAGUUUGUGGAUCAUGUUGAUGAGAAAAUUAAUGACAUUAUUGAAAAUAAUGAAGGGAAAACACUCGACGAGAUUGUAAAGGAAAUCUGUGAACAAAAAAAUAUUGAUAAAGUUAUGCCUGAAGUCAAAGACAUUGUUUCAUCUGUAUCCAAAAGUCUGUCAUAUUCCACUUCAACACACUUACAAGGAAUAGAGAAAAUGUUAUUCACGCUUUGCAACGCAGUUGAAAAGACAAUGAAAAUUACACCUCGACUGACACAGAUGGUGAGCUGGUGCCUUCUUGUUCUUUCUAAGUCGAGUCACCUUGUUCAGGUUGGAACCGGAGAGGGAAAGUCUUGCAUUGUGGCCAUGUUUGCUGCAUAUCAGGCACUGGAAGGAAAAACCCCAGACGUCAUCUCAAGCUCUCCUAUACUUGCUGAAAGAGAUGCAAAGGAAUGGUCCGACUUUUAUAAGGAACUGAAAAUCACUGUUGAUGUCAACACCAACAAAUCUAAAGACAAGGACCUAAAGAAGUGUUAUGAAUGCCAGGUGGUUUAUGGUACGACUGAGAGUUUUGCAGGCGAUUAUCUGAGACAGCGCUUUCAUAGAUUUGAUGUGCGACCUAAGAGAGAAUUUCAUUGUGUGAUUGUGGAUGAAGUGGACUCUCUGAUGUUGGACAAAGGUCUUGAGGUGGUCUACCUAAACACUGAGGUGCCUCUCAUGGAACAAUUGAAUGGAAUACUGGCUGAAAUCUGGCAUACUGUCAGCCAGCUAAAACACUUGGAGUCUGGAGAAAUUUUAGGUCCCAUUCAGCAGUUCUCUCAAAUUUUGAUCAAAAGCUUCUCUGAAAGCGAUAAAAUUGAUCAUCUCAGUUUAGUGCAAUUGGCUGUGAAAGCUGGAAUUCUUCCUACAACACCCUCUGUACAGAAGCAGGAAAAUCUAAAGAAUAUGUUGGAACAACUAGACAACACAAGUGUUAACCAGAUGAGGGCAUUUUUAACCAUGUUUGCGAAAAACUUCCCUCAAUUUGUCUUUAAAUUGUACCUCCAAGGGCCUUAUGGAAAGUACAAAAACAGAAUGAGAUCAGUUCGUCACGUACAAAUACGAGACAAGAAAUAUCGUUUCUUUUCUAGAAUCUGGACAAUGUCGUUUUGUGUACUUUGAGGAGGACCUUGCAGGUUCAUUGGUGAGGAUGUUCAAGAAAAGACCUCUGUCUACAAAAAAACUAAAUGGGUCUUGUAUCCCAGGCCUUCAAGACCUUAUUGAUGGCAAACUUCAAACUUGGAUAGAAAAUGCUCUGGAGGCCAGAAAAAUGACUCUUGGCCACGAAUACAUCCUUCAUGAGAUGGAGUUGUUCCUGUAGAUUACAUGUGUACUGGUGUCGUACAGAACAACAUGGUAUGGGGGGAAGGACUUCAGCAGUUCCUUGAGAUGAAACACCAAACAAAGCUGUCCAACAUGAGUCUAAUUACAAAUUUCAUGUCUAAUGUGGGCUUAUUCAAGAGAUACAAGAACCACAUCUAUGGGAUUACAGGUACCCUGGGGGACCAAACAGAGCUAGACAUGCUGAAGAAGCUCUACAGUGGGAUUGAAACUUGUCAAAUUCCCUCAUUUAGACGUAGGAAACUUUAUGAACUGGAAGGAUUGGUUAUACCCGAAGAGAAGGAAUGGGUCCAGAAGGUCUGCAAAGUUGUCAAGGAACAAGUAUCCUCCAAAGGCUAUCACGGACCAAGAGCAGCCCUGGUUAUCUGUGAAACCAUCAAUCGUGCAAAGGUUUUGCACAGUGCCCUUUUCGACACGACCUUGAACGGUAAACUAAAGCUCUAUGUAAACAAUAACAUGGAUAACUCUUCAAUAGUAGAUAGAACCGUUCAAGAGGGGGAUGUCAUUAUUGCAACUAAUCUUGCAGGUCGCGGCACAGACUUAAAGGUCUGCGAGAGCGUUAAUAAAGCAGGAGGUCUGUUUGUUGUGCAAACCUUCUUGCCCCUGAAUGUCCGUGUAGAACAGCAAGCCUUUGGACGAACUGCACGCCAAGGGAGUCCAGGAUCUGCUCAACUCAUCACGUGCUGCAGUCAUUUCUCUAAAUCUGUCAAACUAAUAAUGGGCUUAAACACAUCUUUCAAAUUCUUAUCUAGCUGUCUGGAUGAUCUAGCAACUAUCUCGUGUGGUGUUACAGAGAGUCUGUUUGAAAGCGCUCUUAGUUGCUACCAAGAAAACCCCAGUUCUCUAAACCACAAGACUAUGAUCUCUGCACUAACAGUCCUCUUAACCCUGAAUUCGUUUGUGACAAGUAAUCUGGAUAAGGCAAAAGAUGCCAGAAAUAUUGUGGUAAAUAUCAGACUCUCGCGUUUUCUAGAAGAAGACAUUGCAGAAAUUACAAAAAAGGAAGAACUUUUCUCAGUCUACCUUGACAUUCUAGACAACAUUUAUGAGGACAAUUCUUUUUCUGAGCAACGUGAUGUCAUUGUGUCUCUCUUCAUGAGUCCUGGGGUCUGUGGCUCAUGAUGAAUUUCAGUGAGGAAAAACCCAUUGACGUGUUGAAGCAGCAGUUGAUGAGGGACAUGUCAAAUGCGAAGGAGAAACUUUUGAGUAAACAAACCCCCUCCUCUAUGGUCUACUAUUACAUUAGGUCUGGAACAAACUCCGUCAGAACGGACACCUUGCAGAGAGCAUUGACAUGUACACCAAAGCAGUAGAGGAUGGCGAUUAUGGAGAGAUAAUCCCACAAUAUAAUCGUGCAUUGGCAACUAUUGCUAAGAAAGAUACUGGCUAUAUUGCUCAAGCAUUGGUUGACCUGGAAAAGGCUGACAAAGCAAUAGAUUCACAUAAGUUAUACAUGUCAAAUGUUCAGACUUUGGUGAUGUUAAGUCAAGAGCCAAAAGGGCAAGAUGAUACAUUGUUUACAAAACAGUUUCAAGUGAAGGCUAUAGUUCUUGAUCUACUCAAAAGGAACAUUCAAGAUGCUGUGAUGAAGCUGAGGAGGGCUGAAAGGACAGGACGUGACGUGAGGCUGACUGAAGAACACAACAGUUCUCUGAUAGAACACUGUCCAAUCUGUUUUAAAAGAGUUCUGAGAGAACUGUCAAAGGAACUGUCAAAGGAACUUGUAAAUGUCAAAUCACUGGGUCUUGACACAAUUUUCUCUUUGGACACUCUAUGUAGAGUAUACACAGUGAUACCCAGUGGCUUUUUGUCAAAAUUGUUGUAUAAUAGAUGGUAGUAUAUUUUAAUGCGAUAUUGCUCAAAUGUAGUAUAUGGCUCUAUAUCAGCAUGGCUGUGAUAAGGCCCGAGCAGCUACUGCAAGAGAAAUAUUGCAUUUAUACACAUUUAUACCAACGUGUUAUGUGUAUACCUCCAUCAAUUGUAACAGUAGCAAGUUGACAAAGCAAUUUCUGUUAUGUAAAAUACGUCUCAAGACCCUCGCGUAACUGUAAUUUUCAAAGUGAUUCCUAAAUAAUGUGAAGUGCUCUAAGAGAUACUGCCAAAUUUAUGUAUGUUUUAUUUUCAGUUUCAUAAGUUUGACGUAGUGGCCUAGUGAAUAUCGUAUGACUCUUAGCCAAUCACAUUCGAGAACCAGAAAGAGUGUUGAAAUUAUCGGCAUAUAUACUUUAUUGGGUACACUUUGCGAGAGACCCUUUUACCUUCAGAACUUAAGAACUGUGUGUCUUAGCAUCAGUAGGUUCAUUAGAGAUUUUUGUUCAUGAUAAUAGGCAUCACACACAUCAAGAUUUGCCCUUAUGAUCACUUGCACCGAGUUGCUUUUGUCACAUUUCAAAAAUCUAUAUGUGACUCUGGACAAUCGGUCAAUUUUGGGAAAUUUAGUUUUUUACAUAAAAUGAAAGCUGAAUAAGUAAGAUUUCUAUUGAUUUAAGAGUUGUUAGAAUAGGACAAUAUCUGGAUGAGAUACAACCAUUUAAAGCUCAGAAAUCUGAGAGUCCAAAAAAAUAUAAAUAUUGAGAAAAUUGCCUUUGAAGUUGUUGAUCAUAGGCACUGUGGUAUUCCAUCCACUCACAAAAAUAAAGUUUUAUAUAUUUAAGGUAGGAUCCUAAUGAUCUUUGACAUUAAAGAAAAUCUAUAAUUUUGACCCAUACAGUGUAUUUUGUCAUUAACAAUAACAUCCAGUGAGUGCAUGACGUUUGACAUAAUCGCAAUCAGGCAACACUUCAAUGCGGUGAAUGAGCUUUUAGAGGAUGUCAGUUUUCAGAAAAAGUAAAGUUGACAAAGAAAUUAGAGUUUCCAAAGAUGACUGGAAAUAGAGGUAUGCGUUCAC